CCUCCAGGCGUGAACACACAUCGCUCCAGGUCCGCCCCUGCAGUCCUGCUCUUCCUCCUCCUCCUCCUCCCCUCCCGAUAAAAACGCAAGGAACUCGAGCCAGGUGUUUGAGCCGAAGCAGGCCAGAACAGCGUCAGCUGACGUGCCAGUGCUACGUCUUAUUGGUCACCAGGGUAACCACGUGAUUCACUUUUACCACACGUACCGCCCCUGAAUGUGAACGCACUUCCGCCCCAAGAUGGUCGUCGGCGCCUUCCCAAUCGCCAAGCUCCUUUACCUCGGAGUGAAGCAGUUGAGCAAGCCCGUCGCCAGCCGGAUAAAAGCCGGGGCACGGAGUAGCGAGUUUUUCAAGAAUUACAUCUGCCUGCCGCCGGCCCAGCUGUACCACUGGAUCGAGAUGAGAACCAAGAUGCGCAUCAUGGGUUUCCGUGGGGCCAACAUUAAGCCACUGAACGAGGACGCGGCUGCUGAGCUGGGUGCCGAGCUGCUCGGCGAGACGAUUAUCUUCCUCGUGGGCGGCGGGUGCAUGGUGUUGGAAUACACCAGGCAGGCGGCUAACUCGCGUCGCAAGGAGGACGAGCUCAACCAAACGCUCACCAGCCUACAGACUCAAGUAGCCGAGCUGACAUUCACCACAGAGACGCUAAGUGCUCAGCUGAGAGAGGUGAACAGGCAGCUGGUUUCCUUUCCUACCCCCACUAAAAAGUGAUGUGUUUUUGUAAAAGUGGUACGCAAAGGGACAUGAGAACACACGACUGCAACAUGUAAAGCCUGAAGCUUCUACUUCACUGUCACCCCCUCAAGGAGGAAGAAGUGGACAUAACAUCAGGGAGCUGCAUUUUGUAAUCUACGUGUUCAGAGCAACUAUGUAUGCAAAUCAGGGGAUUGCUAUGAUAUUCAUAGUGUAUUUUCUGUGGCUGAUAUUGCAUGCUCAUUACAAAGUGAAAUGACUGGGUAGAGACUUGCAUCAACAAAUUCAAAACAGAAUAUUUCUGAUAACGGCAACCUAUUUGAUAUUUCAUAACUUGGGAGAGGCUUGGUUUAUGAUUAACAUAACUCUCCCAAGUAAUAGAAAAAAGGUCUCAGUCAAUAUCACUGUGAAUCACUUUGCUGGUUUAUGUACAACUGAUAUAAUGAAUGAAUAAUAUUGUAAAAUAAAUACUAUAAUAGAAUU